ACUCACUCUUUGACCUGUGUCCCACUCCCAUUGCUGCACCGCAGCUUCCUGCUGUGUUUUCCCCUCGCGCUUAGCGCGUCGACCCCCAACCACAGCUUGCUCGCUGCCAACUGCAACCUCACCCUCUUCGCAGUGCCCCGGCAGCGCACCCCAUCAGUCAACCCGCCGACGCGACCACUUCCGCUCGUGCGCGUUGCUAUCGCCAUCUCUGAGUAGCCUAGCACACGUUUCAAUCCGUCAGGUUCAAAAUGUCGUUUGCGUUUGGCAACUCUGGGGGCUUCGGCUCCAACAACAACAACCAGUCGUCUGGCUUCGGCGGCUUCGGCUCUAGUAAUAACAACACCUCAGGCUUUGGGUCCAACAGCAACUCGGGCAGCAUCUUCGGCCAGUCGAACAACGGCGGCGGUAGCGCUUUCGGAACCAGCAACACCAGCAAUUCCGGGUUCGGAGGAGGUGGCUUCGGCGCAAACAAUAACACCACCACCAGCUUCGGCUCAAAACCGUUCGGCUCCACUGGUAACAACAUGUUUGGUGGCAGCGGUGGCAACAGCUCCACAUUUGGCGGAUUUGGAGCGUCCAGCAACAGCUCUACGACUCCUGCAUUUGGUGGAGGAAGCAACUCUGGUGGUCUCUUUGGUCAGAACAAGCCUGCUUUCGGUGCUUCCACGACCAACACUGGAUCAAGCUUAUUUGGUGGUGGUAACAACACCAACACAGGCGGUGGAUUUGGCACCAAUACAUCAACCGGAUUCGGCGCCUCGAACACUGGGGGUGGCUUUGGUGCAAACAAUGCCAAUGCACCGGCAGCUAAUAAUGGUACUGGAUCCACCCCUUUCCAAGCAAUUCAAGAGAAAGAAGCAGGGACUGCAAACAACAAUGUUCAAUAUCAGACCAUUACCUUCCAGCCCCCUUACCAGAAUUUCUCGCUGGAGGAGCUGAGAACAGUCGAUUACAAUCAAGGACGCCGCUAUGGCAACUCGAAUGGCCAGGCAGGCGCUUUUGGUCAGAGUACGGGCUUUGGCGGGUUUGGUGCUAGCAACAACACCACUGCUACUACUGGCGGGUUUGGUUCGACGGCUAACAACAACACUGGCGGUGGUCUCUUUGGCGGCAACUCGAACACGAGUUUCGGCCAGAACAGCAAUGCCAGCACUGGGUUUGGUGCCAACACGAAUAACACAAGCGGCGGUCUGUUUGGGUCUGCCAACAAGCCUGCAGGUGGAAGUGUCUUCGGUUCAACUCCAGCUACCAACAACACGGGUGGAGGUCUUUUCGGGAACACGGCCAACAACAACAACAACACGGGUGGAGGAUUUGGUGCUACCAACAACACUGGGGGCUUCGGCGCAUCAAACAACACGGGGGGCGGACUCUUCGGUGGUAACAACAAUGCCAACAACCAGAACAAGCCCGCUGGUUUUGGUGGCUUUGGUGCAAACAACAAUACAGGUGGAGGAUUCGGCGCGAACAAUAACGCGGGAGGCAGUACCCUUUUCGGUGCUUCAACCAACAACAAUGCCACUCCAGGAUUCGGCGCGAACAACCAGGCCGCAGGCGCUGGCAGCAGCCUCUUUGGUAAUUCUACCGGUGGUUUCGGUCAGAACCAGCAGAACCAGCAAGCUGGUGGUGGUCUCUUUGGCGGAGGCGGAGGCGGUGGCUUUGGUCAGAACGCUCAAAACAACCAGCAAAAGCCAGGGGGCUUGUUUGGUAACUCCACUGGGGCAGCGACAGGUGGUGGUCUAUUUGGCAACUCCAACAACAACCAGCAACAGCAGCAGCAGCAGCAGCAACCAGCUACUGGAGGGCUCUUUGGUAACAAGCCAGCAACUGGUGGAGGUCUUUUCGGCAACUCGUCGACACCUGCGACUGGUGGAGGACUCUUCGGUCAGAGCAACAAUGCUGGUGCGACUGGUGGAGGUCUAUUUGGAAAUGCAGGCGCGCAGAACAACCAGCAGGCUCCUGGAGGAGGUUUAUUCGGCAAUGCGAACAAUCAGCAGAAGCCGGGUGGUGGGCUAUUCGGAAACUCCACUGGCGCAAACAAUACCAGUAGUGGACUUUUUGGCCAGAGCAACCAAGGCAACAAUCAGCUUGGAGGGUCUCUGUUCGGCGGUCAGAACCAAGCGCAACAGAACCAGCAGCCCAUGAACAACAGUUUGUUUGGAGCAUCUGGAGGUUCGUUACUCCAGACUUCCAUGAACACCAACCCCUAUGGCAAUGAUGCUCUUUUCAGUGGCCUUGGUACACCAUCACAGAGCCCCGGCCCGCUCGCCACUCCUCUGUCUAGUAGCCAGAAGAACAGGAAGAGCGCCAUCUUGCCCCAGCACAAACUGAAUCCGUCCCAAUCAACUCGCCUUCUUACUCCUCAAGGCAAGAGGAACGGCGGCUAUGGCUUCUCGUAUUCCACCUACGGCACACCGACUGGCUCAUCGCAGAAUAGCCCCCUCAAUGGCAGCAUAUUCAGCAGUGGGAACCUAUCUCGUUCGUUGGGCAAGAGCCUUUCGACAAGCAAUCUUCGCAAUGGCUUCACUCCGGACACCAGCAUCCUUGCUCCUGGCGCUUUUUCCGCAACAGGCCGAUCUUUCGGAAGUGGUAGUCUCAAGAAGCUGAACAUCAACCGAACUAUUAACAUGCGACCUUCUUUGUUCGAUGAGCCCCAAACCGCAGAUGCUUCUAGUUCUAGUACCAAGCGGGUCAGUUUCGCAGGCCCCAGCGGCGAUGAUGCACCUGCUACGAAUGGCACCCUGACCAAUGGAUCACCAAAAGGAUCGUCGCCUACAGGCUCUAGCGGUGCUUUGGUACUCCACCAGGACGAAAAUGCGACCGAGAACCGUACGAGCACCUCCCCCCGCCCAGAAAUGCAGCAAGUGAACGGCAACGAAUUAGCAACUGUGCCUGGGAAUAGCGCACUGACGCCUCGUACCACGUCUUCCCUCAACAUCCAGAAUGGGAAGGUUGUUGACCCCAAGCCUGGUCAUUAUUAUUCUGAGCCAAGCAUGGAAACGCUUAAAUCCAUGAGCAAAGACGAGCUGAAGAGCGUGUCGAACUUCGUUGUUGGCCGUGAUAAGAUCGGCAAGGUCGAAUUCAACAUGGGCAACCCUGUGAAUCUUUCCGAAAUUGAUCUCGAUCAAAUCUUCGGCGAGAUUGUCGAAUUCAAACCGCGUCAUGUCGCUGUUUACGGGCCCAAAUUCAGGGGACAGAAGCCUGAGCUCCGUGCUCCUGGUCUGAACAAACCGUCCCGGAUCACCCUUGGAAAUUCUUGGCCGAAGAGUGCUUCUCAAGCAGGAAAGAAUGACCCUGCACAUGUUCACCGCCUGAAGCGUAUCAAUAACAGCGGAACCGACUUUGAAUCGUUCGACCCAGAGACUGGUAUCUGGAUUUUCUCUGUCCCCCACUUUUCUACCUACGGGCUGGAUUAUGAGGAGUAUGAGGAAUCUAGUCCUCUAAGCGCAGUUCCAGAGACACCUGAUCAGCUUGGAACCAGUCAAAUGAGCGCCACCCCUGAGAACGACUCUACCGCUAGCGCUUCCCAGUCUAGCCCUGACGAUACCUUUGAUUUCAAGAAAGGUAUGCGUCAGCGUGCCGUCGUACCGGGGCAAUUUGGCAGCGAUGUUGCUUACGAGCAGGAAGAAGAUGUUAAUGAAGGUCAGAGCGAUUCUUUUUUAGGGGAGCGCUCCGUGGGUUCGCUUGAUGGUCAGGAAGACUAUACAGAAGAGAGCGAAUCGGAUUCGACUGAAGACCAGGAAAUGGCAGAUUCUGUGUCGGGGCCGGUCCGCACCACGGAGCAAUCAACUGCUGAUGCAACAGAUCCUUUCAAGGAAUCAGCCAAGCCCAAAUCUAUCCUCAAGGCAAGCCAGCUCUUGCGGCCGAUGGGCACUCCUUCGAAAGGGCCUCUUGUUUUCGAUGACGACUGGGCCAACACCUUGCAGCGCACCAUCAGCCCCAAAAAGCAAGAUCGGAAAGCUUUGCGUGAGAGCCAGGGGGAUGUGCUCCGGGAGCGAGACAACAACGUGCAGCCGAAAGCGUCUGUAGCCGGAGGUCGGUCUGAUAAGCUAACAAUGGACCGUAUGGACUUGAUGGAUUCACUCUUUGGCGAGACCGAUAAGCGAAAAGAUUCCACGAUGAAGCGGGUUGGACAAGGCAUUCAGUUACCAUAUGCGAAGCGACCCAAGACAUCGAGCGAUCUGCAUGAAAUGGCCGAAUCCGACAAAGAGUUCCAUAGCUGCAACAAACCACACUUCAGCGAGAACGGUGUUCUAGUGUAUGCUGGUAAACAUCUAAAUCCGCCUACCAAUGACUUGUACGCCUAUCCGCAGGAACCUAUAGCAGGUGCAGGCAAUGACAUACGCUUCAAGCGCCUGCCAACAUUCCCUGAUGGCGAUCCACCGACAUUGAACCUUCAAAAGGAGUACACAAAAGUCAGCCUUAUCGAAGGAGUUCCCAAAGCCCAUCCACCAACGCAGCCUACUCAAAUAGAUUUCGAGCGGAUUGCCGAAGUAGUUGAUCUCAGCACUGUAGCAGGCGAGCAAGAGCAUAAGGUGUGGCAAUUGCUUCAUAUCCUCUUCGACCAAAUGCCUGAGCCUGUAGACGUGGAGGAUUAUAACAUGGAUGCGGACCGUUGGCGUAAAGAACAACUCUCUACGUUCUGGAAAUCGCUUGUCUUGGGAGACGCUGAGAAGCAGGCUCGGGGUUCCGAUCUGACCCCGGAAGAGAAAGCCAUUGCUUAUCUUAGUGGUAACUCCGUCCCGGAUGCUUGUCACACUCUUAUCCAAAGCCACGAUCUGCGACUCGCUACGAUGAUCGCUCAGAUUGGUGAUGAUGAUACGAUGCGCCAGGAUAUGAUCGCCCAGAUCGAGGAUUGGCGCCGUAUGGAUGUUUUACCCGAAAUCGACGACUCCAAACGUGCCCUCUACGAACUUAUUUCUGGAAACUGUGCAAAAUCCGAAGGCAAAACUGGUGGCGGCCGCGAAAACAAGGCGUCUAGCUUCAUCAUCUCCAGUCGUUUCAACCUUGAUUGGCGUCGUGCUUUUGGCCUUCGCUUAUGGUAUGGUACAAAGGUUGAUGAGCCUAUCGAACUUGCCGUAGCACAAUAUGCAGAUGCUCUCCGCGAUGGGAAAGAGGACGUCAAGCCCGUUCCGUGGUUCAUCGAGCAAGGAACAGACAUGGGGUGGGCCGACGAACAUAAAGAUACCAGGGAAGAUCUUCUCUGGGGUAUUCUCAAGCUUUACGCUUCGUCGAAGAUGGAUGUUCCGGCCAAUGUUGAGGACGUCCUGGCACCUGAAAAUGUAUCUGGCCAUCCCCUCAACGCCCGCCUGUCUUUCCAGUUGUUCAACAUCUUCAAAGCUCGUGUCGAAGAUCCCCAGGAAAGUGAAGAACGGAUUGUAGGUAUGCCUAUGGUGCGAGAUGGGGACGACCACAAUUCCUCGUUUCUAUCUACGACAUCGGCGACUACAGAUCAAGACGACCAGACUGAGGACGCAAUGGUUGAACUUGGCGACAAGCUCGCACUUACUUACGCAGCUUCAUUGCAUACCCCCAAGCAUUGGGUGACUGCAGUUUGGGUGUAUACGCAUCUUUCUCAGGGUGCUACGCGAGAACAUUAUAUCCGCUCGCUAUUGGCCCAAUUCUCCAAUACGUUCUCUUUGACUGACUCGGAUGCUACUUUCACCAAAUUACUGGAGCUCAGCGUGCCGGCAACUUGGGCGCACGCCGCUGCCGCUCUGCAAGCCAAAACCGAAGGCGAUGCUCUGCGUCAGGCUAUGCAUCUGAUCAAAGCUGAUGAGCUCGAAGAAGCUCACGAGGUGUUGUGCCGGAGUGUAGGACCUGAGUCUAUUAUUUCUCGUGAUUACGACGCCCUCCGCGAGCUGCUUGGUGGAUUCGUGCCUACACCUCCGAACUCUCCCAAUUCCGAUUCAGGUUCCGGUCGUCGUCGUCAGAAGGAGCCAGUUCAGGGUUGGAGCUACGGCGGGCAAAUCUAUUUCGACUACAUUGAACUGCUCGAUCUGACUGAUCAACGAUCUGGCUUCCGUGAAAAUCAGGAUUUGAACCACCAGAUUACGUACCUACUAGGCAAACUCUCCAAGGCACUGGAGAUUGUGGCGAGGGACAGACUGGCUAGUGUAGGCUUGGAAGAGCGGGUUGCUCUCACGGAGAUUGCGUCGCUGGUUGCGGACGAGAUCGCUAAAAACAAGAUGCCCGAUCGUUCUCGCGUUCUCAAGCUUCCUCUCACGGAGGACAAAUGGCUCAAGCACACCAUCGAUCUUAGUGUGGACUAUUAUCGCAAUGUCGUCGCCGAUGCAGUGCGAUAG